GGGGCCGCGGUCGCUGUCUAUGCGCGGUGGUGCUGAAGGAGGGUCGUCCGGCGGCCGGCAGGAGGGAGCAGCAGCAGGCGCCGCGCACCAUGGGCUUGGCAGUGCUGGCGGCGGCGGCGGUGCUACUGGCGGUGUCCGGAGCCGGCCUGCCUCCCUGCUCCCUGGACAGCCGGGGCAGCGACGGGCGGCUCUGCGCGGAAACCGGCCCGGCGGCUUUGGCGCUGCUGCGCGGCCGGGGCGGCUCGGAGCGGCCGCGGGAUGCGAGCUGGGCCGGGGGUCGUCGGCGGGCCAAGCGAGGCUUCACCUACCCGGGGACCCUCUGGUGCGGCGCCGGAGACAUGGCGGAGAAUUACGAGCAACUGGGAGCACACCAGGAGACGGACAGGUGUUGCCGGGAACACGACCAUUGCCAGCACCUCAUCCACCCCUUCACCUACAAGUACGGCCACCGUAACCUUCGCUGGCACACCAUCAGCCACUGCGACUGCGACAGGAG